ACAGUUCAGUGGUAACAAAAUAGCCCGUAAAAAGAUUGCUUUUCAUUUGACUUUUUAUUGCAUAUAUAUGCACCCAUAACCCUUAACUCAUUUUGAGUAGUGUAGUUCUUGAGUAAAGGUCUGAAAGUAUCUGAUAUUAAAUGACAAUACUCUGGCAAAAAUGAAAUGUAUCAAAAGCACAAGUAAAAGCAAAUAAAACAUAUGUAUGGGUGUCUAUAUACCCUAUACUAUGGGUCUAUUGAUUAUCAGCCAGGCCAAUUCAAAGAUCCAAUACUAUAUAGCAUUUUUCUGCAUCAUAUAAUCUUAAAAGUAACUAGUAACUGAAGUUAUUAAAUGAGUGUGGUGAGAAAAAAAAGUACAAUUAUUGCCUUCAAUUUGUAGAAGAGUGGUAGUAUAGGGUACUAAAGAACAUGGAAAUUCUCGAGUAAAGUAAAAGAACCUCAAAAUGUACUUGAGUAAAUGUACUGAGUUACAUUUCACCAGUGAUUAAGUUUACCUGUCAUUACCUGUCUGAAGUUAUCAAGAACUGUUUGGCAUCAACUGGUCUUAGCACUUUAUUGGAUGUAUUUUAUUAUUUAUUAUAUGUAUACUAUUUCCUUAUAACUGUUUUGUUUUUUUAAAACGAAAAAUCAUGUCUUCUAGCAAGUAGUUCCGACCCUCGGUUGUGAUUGGCUGACACAGGUUCGAACCCGUUGAUAAAUCCCCAAUUACAGAACACCUGUGAGGCCGCAUAACGGUAAGUGUCAAUAUCGCUGCGCCAAUGCGAAGUUACGUUCGUGAGAGGGGGUGUGUGUUGCUUAGCAACCGAUUCUGCUAGCGGGCAAUGAAGCUAACUCUUUAUUUCAUAAGCUGUUGUGUCGUGUUGUUAUAACUACAAAAAAAACAACAACUUCCUAAUCGUGACUCCAGAUGAUUUUACAAAAGCUUGCCGGGGGUGUUGUCGUGCCUGCCAACGCCUCGGCGGAGUCAGAAUUCAAUAAUUAUUACGAGUUACGCAACGCGACGUGAAUGGUCUUGACUCCCGCCGUCACUGCGUAAAAAGCGUAAACUACGGACUCAUCAGAUUUGCGCUCUCGUGUUUCGUCGGUGAUGCACUAUCCCGUACCUCCCCUCCCCUCCCCCCCACCCCCCCUUACGAGGCAUGUCGUCUCCACACCACACCACAGCACUCCAGCCUCCUCGCAUGAAUCCAGCGCGCCGUCGACUCUGCCCAGCUGAACAGGCUACAGCUUCGGCGUAGGGUUCGGUGUUCGUCCCCGGCCCACCGCAGCCUACCCGGCCGCUGUUGCCCUCUGCUCCUGAAGGCAGUCCUCCCCCCCCCCCCUUACCCCGCCGUCAUGACCUCCCCUUUCUGCCAUUCUGCCGAAAUUCGCUAAAUGGGAUUCGUGGCUGGCCCGAGGUUUCCACAGCAACUGGCCAUCCGCUGCCAUUAUUUCUCUAAUGAGGACAGCCAUAAGGAUUUAACACGGUUCCUCGCUGCGCGUCUCUGAUUUUUGGGCUGAAUCUCAAGACGCGUCAAAGGUCUGCACAUGGGGGCGGGCAAGAGCAAGCCCAAGGAGCCGGGCCAGCGCUCUAUGAGCCUGGACGGCACCAUCGGCACAGGCUCGGACAGCGGGCACUUACACCACCUGGGCCCUGCCCAGCAGACCCAAACCCCCAACAGGAGCCCUGCCGUCGGGACAGGCAGGCGGGGGCAUCAGGGCCAGCACCAGCACGCCCCAACAAACACUCCUGAGCUGGCUCUCUUUGGAGGGGUGGACCACACCGGCACCAUCACCUCGCCUCAGAGGGGACCUCUGUCAGGAGGUGUCACUACAUUUGUGGCGCUGUAUGACUAUGAGUCACGGACAGCAUCUGAUCUGACCUUUAGGAAAGGCGACAGGCUGCAGAUUGUCAACAACACGAAAAAGUACAGCUUCAGAGAAGGGGACUGGUGGCUCGCACGCUCCCUGACGACAGGAGAGAGUGGAUAUAUCCCCAGCAACUAUGUGGCUCCGUCCGACUCUAUCCAAGCAGAAGAGUGGUAUUUCGGGAAGAUCACUCGGCGCGACUCAGAGAGGCUCCUUUUGAACUUACAGAACAGACGAGGAACCUUCCUGGUGAGGGAGAGCGAGACCACUAAAGGGGCAUAUUGCUUGUCAGUGUUGGAUUAUGAUAAUACCAAAGGCCUGAAUGUUAAACAUUACAAGAUCAGGAAGCUGGAUAGCGGGGGUUUCUACAUCACCUCCCGCACCCAGUUCACCAGCCUACAGCAGCUAGUCUUCCACUACCGCAAGCACUCUGAUGGUCUUUGCCAUGCUCUGUCAGAUGUGUGUCCCGUGGCUAAACCUCAGACACAGGGACUGGCCAGGGACGCCUGGGAGAUUCCCCGAGAGUCCCUCCGCCUUGACCUUAAACUGGGACAGGGCUGCUUUGGAGAAGUCUGGAUGGGUACAUGGAAUGGUACAACACGGGUAGCCAUUAAGACCCUGAAGCCUGGCACCAUGUCUCCGGAGGCCUUUCUUCAGGAAGCGCAGGUCAUGAAGAAGCUGAGGCAUGAGAAGCUGGUCCAGCUGUAUGCUGUUGUCUCUGAGGAGCCCAUCUACAUUGUGACAGAGUACAUGAGCCAAGGUAGCUUACUGGACUUCCUUAAAGGGGACGCAGGAAAGAUGCUUCGUCUGCCUCAGCUGGUGGACAUGGCCGCUCAGAUUGCAGCAGGCAUGGCGUACGUGGAGAGGAUGAACUACGUCCACAGGGACCUGCGUGCUGCCAACAUCCUGGUGGGAGACAACCUGGUGUGUAAAGUUGCCGACUUCGGUCUGGCAAGACUCAUCGAAGACAACGAGUACACCGCAAGACAGGGAGCCAAGUUCCCCAUCAAAUGGACCGCGCCGGAGGCAGCUCUGUACGGUCGUUUCACCAUCAAGUCUGAUGUCUGGUCCUUUGGUGUGCUGCUCACAGAGCUGGCAACUAAAGGCAGAGUUCCUUAUCCAGGUAUGGUUAACCGCGAGGUGCUCGACCAGGUGGAGCGCGGCUACAGGAUGCCUUGCCCUUCAGAGUGCCCCAGCUCCUUGCACGAGCUCAUGCUUUCCUGCUGGAGGAAGGACCCAGAAGAGAGGCCUACGUUCGAGUACCUGCAGGGCUUCCUAGAGGACUACUUCACCUCCACAGAACCCCAGUAUCAGCCUGGGGAGAACCUAUAGAACCACACACUGAACAGAACGUAGGGGGGGAGAGCCUCAACACAGAACGAUGUGCACUAACCCGACCUCAGAGGAGCACCUGUGGGAGGAUCUGAGCCGGUGAAACUCACCUGGGAGGAACUUGAGAUUCUUCUGUUGAAGCGAAACCAAGACAGAAACCUGCAGGCGUCCCAUCAUGUGCCAUAAAGGAACUACUACAGAAGAACCUCGAGAACCUCCUUUCUGCAAGCACCCACUGUUUUACUGAAGGUUUGCCUGCAGAAGCGAGUUUCAAGGCUGUGAAGGAGAACUCCUGCUGGGCGGACUCUGGCUCUGAAUCGAUCGAGGGACUACUCUUGCGGGUAAAUGUUUUUUGAGAGGUGCGACUGAUGUGGGAGGAACUGAAUCAGGAUCAACAGACGGAGCGAGAGGGAAAAAGAACAAAGCUCCAGUCGAAGAGAGAAGGCUACGGGAGGAUAUUUCAAUCAGACAUGAGCUGUUUAACCUCCCUCUUUCCCUCUUCUGUCGUGUCUCUGUGCCCUCGUCUGGUACCUUUUUCCACCCACAGAAGAGCACUGCCACUGUGGCUCAGGUGCCAAAGUAAAGUCUGUCUCUCUUCACGUCCUUUAUGUCCCUUCUGCCUCUCUUCCUCUAUUUCUGUCUGACUUUCAGUAUCUCUCUCCAGUUUUCUCAAGUGCUGCUUCUUCAAAGUGUCUCCAAAUAACUCAGCUCUGGAACUCUACUUUGCAUCUUUUAUUUAUGUUUACUCGGACAAUAUGCGUCCUGUGGUUUAGGGUUUUGUUUCGGUUGCAGACGGAGGUUCCUGAUUUUUUUUUUUUUUUUUCUUUAACUUUGAUUAUCAAUAGGCAAGGUUGUUAGAACCACGAUCAUGGUAGUGCCAGGGUAAAUGUACUCAACAGACAGGCUCUGUAACACUGGAAAUUAGAUAGAUCAAGUUAAAACAAUCCGAGGCCUUUCUCUCUCGUUAAACCCUCCUUCUCUUCUCUAGCUCUUCAAAUACGCUGAGUGGCCACUGCAGCCAGCUUGAUCCAACCUCGAUUGAUAAAAAAACAUGAUUUUGAUGCAGGUAGUGUUUGAAUGCGUGUAUGUUUUUAAACUGGAGAAUAAUCUGCGCAGUUAUGGUGGCACUAAAGAGCAGUUUUAGUAGUUCAUUUCCUCCGAGGCAUAAAUGAGAUAACUGUCAUUAAACAUUUAUGUGACCUACUAAGAGGCUGAUAUGGCUACCAAACCAAUCAUUGACACAAGAUGUGAAAAGCCUACGCUGUUCUGUGCCAAACAAAUCACAUUUCUUUCCUGCUGUCCAUGUAUAUAAUGUUUUAUUAUCAAGGGAAUUACUUGGGGGGGGUUUUAGUUGUGCAACAUGCAACUGUCUACUCACAAUUUCCACUCAAACUCUGCACCAUUUCCCCAGUAAACCCACUGAACUUAAAAAAGAAAGGAAGGGUUAUUAAGUCACUGAAGCUUGCUUUGGUGUCAGACUGUAAUGACAGCUGUUUUGAAGUCUGCAUUGUGGACAAACACAAUAAAUGUCCAACAUUUUUACGUCGUGCGACUUCUGAUCCAGAAAUUCCACCAGGAAAAAAGAACACACUUCAUAGAAUACAUUAACGACUGAUGUUUUCAUCCACAUGAUGUUCAUUCCUUGAGUUUGUUUAGGAAAGGCGUCUGUUUAGCAGCACCAUUGCAGAAACCAGUCCAACUGAUCACAAUAUCAUCAGCCGUGGGUGGGGAAAAAAAAUCAGUUGCUAACCUACUUUCUGAAGUUUGCUCUCAUUUUCUGGAGGGAUUUAUUCAUCAGAAGUCACACGACGUAGAUAUGUUGGAAAUUUCUCCAUGCAUCUUCCAUAGACUUCAAUGCAGCUGGCACCACAGCCUGGCACCAAAGGAAAGAAAUCGGUGAGGUAAAUACUCUUCCUUCUGUUUUUAUGUUCCUCAUGUAAACAAGACAGAUGAACCUGUCACAAAAAGCUUUCAUUCACUUCACAGCUGUUCAGUCCAAUUUAAUAUGCAACCAGGCGGCCCUAAUGAAACUGUAAAACUCUGAUCAGGUAACCCUAAUAAAACUGUGUUUAUGACUUUGCUAUGAGAGUUGAUUUUAAAACCAGUUAGCAUGCUUUUGUGCCGUUCUUCUCUUGACCAUUGGCUGGGUUUGUAUUUAUGCUGUACUGUGCAUCAACACAUGUAUGUUUACUUUACUCGAGGGGAUCAUAAACAGACUUCUGAACAUUUGUGCCAUUGACUUAAAAUUAGGUUGUUUAUUUUGUUUGUUUUUGUUUGUUUUUUUUAAUAUCUUACCCACUGCUGCCAAUCCUCACUAUCAUACUGUACAUACUGUAGCGCUCUAGAGUUUUGUAUCAUGUAAGCCACUUUGUAAUGGCAGGUAUUUGCGUUUGGGUGUCACACAUUUCACGGUGGUUUAGUUUAUGAUGUAGUCGACGCAGCAACAGUAGUUAUAAAAGUUAGAGUUUGUUGCCAACCGAUACUAUGAAACCAGUGAAUAAAAUAUGAGCCAUGCAGCCACAAGAGAGGAGCUCCAUGCCCGCAAAACAGUUUUUAAUCCAGUGAUGAUGAAUCCUGAUGGAUAAUCAAUAAUGUGGACGAUUCUAAAACCGCAAUGAAAACGGAGAUUGGGUUGUGAUACGAUAAUGAUAAAUGAGGUCAAAGAUGUAAAUAGUAUCUUAAACAAAUGACUGUGACGAUCAUGUAAUUUUGUUUUUGUGUAGUUUUUCUUUGAUUGCUCCUCCGUGUCGAGGUUUUUACAGUGACGCACGCCUGCUCCCAAAAUGUUUUAAUAAUAAGAUGCAACUGUAAAUGGGGCUUGAUAAGGAAUGUUUUCUUUUUUUUUUUAAUAUUGGACUUAAAAUCAUAUCUGCAAAAGACAAUUUAAAAUUGGGUUUGACAUAAAUACAUAUAUAAAAAUAUUUUUCCGAGAACAUAUCAGUGCUUUCCUCUUUUAGAUCGGGAAAUACCCCGUUUGUUCUGACGCGCCGAGCCGCCUGUCAGUCACUGGGACAAUGUGGAAGUUUGUGGGCUCGUGACAAGUAUGAGUAACGCUAAGGUCUGAUUGGAUUUUCUGUUCCAUAUUAAGCAAGUGUCUCGGCUGUUUUCUUAUGUUUUUAUUUUUUUAUGAAUCUAUGCAGUUUUGGUAUGGCAUUCCUGCAACUUCAUGGCCAUUUUUGUUCUAAAGUCGUAAAACAAUGAUCAUAAACAGAAGGUGUGAGCAUUUUGUAAGGACUUCUUUUGUCUUUUUUUUUUUUCUUUUUGUUUUGUUUGUUUCCAAUGUAACAGGAUUGAAAUGGGUAUCGUGCCACUUUAUGUUGAUCUUUAAAUGUGCAAUAAAUUAUAUUUCAAAUGUG